AUAAUAAUUAAAAGCGAAAAAGGAAAAAAAAGAAAAGCAAAUCCAUAUCCGAAGAAAGGUUUCUCUUUCUGACCCCCGUUUGUUUGAUGGGAAAAUCGAUACUAUGCACGGUCAGAUUCCAAGAAUUCGCCAUUAGACUCUCAUCGGAGAAUCCCACCAGACCUAGAUCCGUACCCACCUCGCGAAACAAAGUUUUCCUCAGGAAAUCGAGAGAAACCCGGGUCGAGGACUUGAAUCGGGUCAAGCUGGAGAAGAAGGGAUCGAACUCGAGGUCGGGUCCGGGUCCGGAUCGGGUUCCUCUGGCUCAAGUGGUCGACGAUUGCGUGAAGCGGUGGUUCCAAGAUACGCUCAAGGAAGCGAAAGCCGGCGACGUGGGCAUGCAGGUUUUGGUCGGACAGAUGUAUUGCAGCGGCUAUGGAGUUCCCAAAGAUGAACAAAAGGGUCGUGCCUGGAUAAACAGAGCCUCGAGAACUCGAUCAUCGGCUUGGCAAGUGAGUGACAAGCGUCCAGGUUAUAAUGCAAGUGAUUCAGAUUCCAACGAUGUGAAAGAUUGAGACUUUUGGAAUGUUCAUUACCGAAAUUGUUACUAAGAAACAGCAGGAGGAGGAGGAGGAGGAUUCAUGAUUAAUCUAAACACGUCAUAUUUGGAUUUGGAUGUGCAUCAUUUCGAAGGGUUUCUCAUGAGCAAAAAGGUAGUGAAUUAGGCACUCUACACUUCAACAGGCAGAACUGUAAAUUUCAUGUCUCAUGAGAUACAAACCUAAAUUAAUCCUUCUUGGGUAUGCAUUAUGCAUCUAUGUAUAUGUAUUUAUCCUACGGUCUUGAACGCAUUCGCCUUGUGAAUCUUCAUGGGUAUGUACCAUGCAUCUUCAAACCAAUAAAAGAUGCAUACUUUGAUUUGUCA